CUGGUACUAGUCGACUGUGGUAGUCGUAAAUUCACCCUUACGCGAGAAGAACUCCUACCUCCCUUCCUGGAUUUGUUUUAUUAUUAUUAAAUUAUUAUUCAAAUUAUUUGAAUAUUCACAUUUUAUUUUUUAUUGAUUAAUUCAUACUCAAUUACUCAUUUUCCAAAUCUCCUGUCAGAUCUUUUCUCUCUAGUUAAAUAUCAGAGUAGUUUUAGAUUUGGAUCCAAUCCACCGGCAAAAGCAGAAUUAAGCUCCGGCGAACGGCGAAAAAUGGCGGGCAAUGGAGAAAUUGAAGUGUCCGACGAGAAAGAGUUUUCUUCGUCGUCGUCGUCGUCGUCGCAAGGACUAGACCACGGCCGGAAGUACAGGCCUGUGGUGGCCAGCGAUAACGAUCGCGCCAUCGUUGAAAUGUCCUCUCUGGAGUCCGCCGCCGCCGCCUCCUCUUCUUCUUCCUCUUCUCCGUUUCCCAAUCGUAACCCUAUGAAAGUUAAAGCUAGCAAUCAGACAAACAUGGCUUCUGAAGAAAGAGAAGGCUCACUGCCCACUCGUGCACAUGCCAAUGGCGAUCAGAAGGAUUCCAAAUUGGAAUUGUUUGGGUUUGAUUCACUCGUAAAUAUUUUAGGUCUUAAGAGUAUGACAGAAGAUCAGACUCCUGCACCCUCUAGUCCUAGAGAUGGAGAUGAUGGCACAAUCAAUCUGGAACGUCCUAGGGUGCUUGAUACUGGUGUCAAACUAGGGACAAUGAUGGGAGUGUUUGUUCCGUGCUUGCAAAAUAUUCUGGGAAUUAUCUACUAUAUCAGAUUUUCAUGGAUCGUUGGUAUGGGUGGUAUAGGUGAAUCAUUGUUGCUAGUUGCUUUCUGUGGGUCAUGCACUUUCUUGACUACAAUUUCGUUGAGUGCCAUUGCAACUAAUGGUGCUAUGAAAGGUGGAGGACCUUAUUAUCUCAUAGGUCGUGCCUUGGGUCCUGAAGUAGGAGUCAGCAUUGGGCUUUGUUUUUUCCUUGGGAAUGCAGUUGCUGGAUCUCUUUACGUAUUGGGAGCUGUGGAGACUUUUCUGAAUGCUGUACCAAGUGCAGGGAUUUUUAAAGAGACUGUCACCAGAGUUAAUGGAACAGAAGUAGCACAACCGAUUGCUAGUCCCAGUUUACAUGAUCUGCAGAUAUAUGGAAUUGUGGUGACCAUCAUUUUGUGUUUCAUAGUAUUUGGUGGUGUGAAAAUGAUCAAUCGAGUUGCACCAGCUUUUCUUGUAGCUGUUUUAUUCUCAUUAUUCUGCAUAUUUAUUGGGAUACUGCUGGCUCGAAAGGAUCAUCCAGCAGCUGGGAUUACGGGCUUGAGUUUGGAGUCUUUCAAAGAAAAUUGGAGUUCGGACUAUCAAACAACUAAUAACGCUGGAAUUCCUGAUCCUGACGGGAAGAUAUACUGGAACUUCAAUGCAUUGGUAGGUCUAUUUUUUCCUGCUGUUACGGGGAUUAUGGCUGGUUCAAACCGUUCUGCGUCAUUGAAGGACACUCAGAGGUCUAUUCCUGUCGGAACAUUAGCUGCAACUUUGACGACUACUGGACUAUAUCUGAUUUCUGUUUUAUUUUUUGGAGCUCUUGCUACCCGAGAGAAACUUUUGACAGAUAGGCAAGUCUAUGUACUGUUUAAUGAAAUGCUUUACUCAUUGAAAUCACAUAUGUUGUGCUUUGAAUCUGUUUCCUAAUGAUUUGUGGAUUUGGUU